AUGCCCUCCGACUCGCUCAAGUCAGACAUCCACCAAUACCCGGUCCCGUCUUUCCCGGUCAACACAGACCCGCUGCACUACGACAUCACAUACGACCUCCCUUCAACAAAGUGCCUUGGUACCUUCCGUACCAUGGCAACUGCCUCCUCAUCCCCGGCCGAGAACAGGCCGCUCAAUCCCAACGUCGUGUUCCGGCCCAUGACGCCUCCGUCUCAUGCCUCUGGUUUCUCCCAUCCCGGCGGUGACGAUGGCGGCUCACCCAAAGUGUGUGCGACGUUCAUCUUCAGCGUCGUUGACGCGCUACGCGUCUUUACCAUUGCGUUGAGCAUCGUCCUUGUCGUCCUCGAGUUCAUAGGCCAUUAUGAGGGUGUGGCCAAGCUCUACAUCUCCCUCGCCAUCCUGCAGCUCAUUUGGCUCAUCUUGGCCCUCGUGCUGCGGUGUCAUCACCGGCGUAGCGGACGUAGAAAGGGCUUCACUAUUGACCUCGGCUUUGUCCAGUGCAUUUUUGGCCGACGGGGUCGCAAAAAUGAUUCUUAUGAGGAGGGCGGUGUGCUGGCUUGGAUGGAGGACGAUGGUAGUAAGCGGAGCAUGGUGGUGGGACUGGUGUAUACCGCCAUCGACAUCACCUUUGCGGUCAUCACCUUCACUGCUGGUGUUGUUGCUGCCGGCGCCCCGGAUUUUUGGGGUUUUGGGAAGCAUGUCGGUAUUGCCAUUGUUGCCAUUUUCGUUGGUGUCUUCGAAGGCGUCAUCGCGAUUGCCGCACAAUUCGCAAUCUUGAAGCGUGCCAAGGUACAGAUCAUGUGGGACACUAAUAAAGAGGAUGACAUCGGUUCGCACAAGUACCGCAUCCAGCUCCCUCAGAGCCCCGAACAGAGGCAUGCUACCAUGUCUGUUGCAGCCUGA